UGGAAAUUUGACCAGACUGAUUGCUCCCCUACUGAAAAGAGUAGGACAGUGCCGCCAUCGUCUUCCUGAUCCUUGGCGAAUUCCUCUUUCCCUCUAUCUCCAAAAAAAAAUUGCUUUGGGGGUUUCAGGAACCAAAAACAUCUACACGAAACAUGUCUCCACCUGCUCUUCGCCUAUGUCAAAUAUGCACUCAAACAGCAUCCAAGUACAAGUGCCCCUCUUGCCUUGCUCCUUAUUGUUCUCUGGCCUGUUUCAAGAAACAUAAAGAAACUCCUUGUGCUAAACCAGAAUCCACUGAGGAAAGGCCAACUGUUGUGCAAGAACUGCCUAUAGAAAGAGAACUCAAUGUCGAUGAUCCAAGUCUAGUGCUGGAACAGAAGCAACUAGAGGCUAUAGCUUCUUCUUGUGAAAUUCGUGAAGCUUUGAAGGAUGAAAACCUUCAGGAGCUCAUCUAUAAUAUUGAUUGUUCCUUGGAUGCCCUAAAUGAACUUGAAAAAUAUAUGGGAGUGGAAGCUUUCUGCAUGUUCACUGACAAGGUUUUAUCUAACAUCAACUUAUAGCUGGAAGUGGGUGUAGCAAGAGGACUGUAUCUAUUGCAGGAAGAUGAAGUGAUGAUAUCAAAUAGUUAGUCCUCUGAGGCUGUGAUCAUAGUGAGAAUAUUUGUUAUUCUAUCUUGGGCCUGCUUAAGGUUUAAAAGGUUGAUAAAUUUUAUUAGGCAUGUUGAAGCUGGAAGAAAAGUUCAUAUCAUAAAGUCGCAGGGUCGGCGUAUUUUUCCUUUAACCCAAGUCCAAAUCACCAACUUUGUUGUAUGUAAAUAUUAUUAGCCUGUGAUGAUAUUUCUUGCUAGCUAGGAUCAUAAGAGCUCACCAUUCUAUCAAUCAACUUCACAAACUUCUGGGUAUAGAGAAGAAUUGAAAAGACAAAAGGCAUUGAUCUUGAUGAUUAAGAGUCUUAAACGGGAUACGGGAGAAUAUUAUGGAGGCAGAGGUUAUUUAUUUAUUAUACCUGGAGCCUUCCAUCCUCUUCACCAGAGUAGCGGUUCAUUAAUUUUUUAUCAAUUGGCUCAAGACAAUCCUGAUUAAUGCAACAAAUAUUGCAUACUGCAA